GGUUGUGUUGCAGUUUAUAUAUCGUGCAUUUUCCUUAUUUCCCCCGGGGUUUUCCUUCUUGUGAGUUGUUUGGCUGUGGGGCAUUGUUCUUGAUAGAUGUGAGGUUCCCUGACUGUUUUAUCUGGGUUGUGGUAUCUUGGUAACUGACAGGGCACACUGAGUUAGCAGAGUAAUAUACGACGACCCUUAUAAACUACGCAAUGCCGUUCAAAUCGCGUUGGCAGCUUGAGAUCCCCAAUGCGCAUUUGGCGUCGGCGUUGCUGACGUCGCCGACGCAUCCCCUCUCCAAGACGCAUCGGUGUUUCUCGGAGGCGGCACGCCCUGACACGCAUUACCUGACGACACACGACUUCCGACUAUGGUGUCAACGGUUUGCAGCGGGGUUGCGCAAGAGCGGGCUGCAGACGGGCGAUCGUGUGCUGCUCUUCUCCGGCAAUAGCCUCUUCUUCCCCGUCGUGUUCCUCGGAACCACCAUGGCCGGCGGCAUUUUCUCCGGCGCCAAUCCCACCUACGUCGCCAGGGAGCUGGCGUAUCAGUUGCAAGAUUCUGGCGCAACAUAUCUGAUUUGUGCGGAGGCGAGUCUGGACACGGGAAUUGAAGCAGCGAGGCUGGCUGGCUUAAGCCAAGAUCGCAUAUUUCUCUUCAACAGCGUCGUGUUCGAUGGCCAAGGACAAGGCGCGAAGGGCUGCCGCUACUGGGGCGAGCUGAUCGCAUCCGUUGACGAAGGCAGCCAGUUCACUUGGGAUGACUUGUCCACUUCGGACAUGGCCGAUCGUACUCUCGCCUUGAACUAUUCCAGUGGCACGACCGGGAAACCCAAGGGUGUGGAGAUCACGCACAAGAACUAUGUCGCCAACAUGAUGCAGUACAACCAUCUUUUCUACCUUCACCCGCAUUGGAGGGAAAAGCAGGCCCGCACACGUUGGCUCUGCUUCCUUCCCAUGUACCACGCCAUGGCGCAGGCCAUCUUCAUCGCAGCCGCUCUACAGCGUGGCGUGCCCGUGUACAUCAUGCCUAAGUUCGACUUCCUCAAGAUGCUCGAAUAUACGGGCAAGUUCCGCAUCAGCGACCUCAUCGUGGUCCCACCGGUGGUGGUUGCAUUGGCCAAGCAUCCUGCGGUCCGGAGCGGCAAAUAUGACCUGAGCAGUGUGGAGGGGGUGUUCAGCGGCGCCGCACCGCUAGGGAGAGAGGUCUGCGUGGAAAUAGAGGCAAUGUGGGAGCCCGGACGCAUCAAUGUCAAGCAGGGAUGGGGCAUGACUGAAACUACGUGUUCCCUUUUAGGCUGGGACCCCAAUCAGAGAUCAGAGUCGGCAUCAGUUGGAGAGCUGAAUGCCAAUUGCGAGGCGAAGAUAAUGGCCGACGAUGGUAUGACGGAAUUGGGACGCAAUCAGCGCGGUGAGCUCUGGGUCCGAGGCCACAAUAUCAUGAAGGGCUACUGGAGAAAUCCGCAAGCAACGAGGGAGACCAAAACGGAGGACGGAUGGUUGAAGACAGGAGACAUCGCCUUCGUCGAUGAUGGCGGCAAGUUCCAUGUAGUUGACCGAAAGAAGGAGCUAAUCAAAGUCAAAGGCAACCAGGUUGCACCGGCCGAGCUAGAAGCUCUUCUGUUGGAGCAUCCCGGAGUGGCCGACGUUGCAGUAAUUGGCGUGCCCAGAAAUGAUGACGAGGGCCCGCGGGCAUAUAUUGUACUAAAACCCGGACAAACCGCCACCGAGAAGGAGAUUGUGGCAUUUAUGGACGGCAAAGUGUCCGCGACCAAGCGAAUUACCGGAGGGGUAAUCUUCGUCGAUGCGAUCCCGAAAAAUCCUUCGGGAAAGAUCUUGCGAAAGGUGCUCCGCGAUCGGGCUAAGGAGGAGAUGCAGAAGAACACUAUCGCCGCUAGACUGUAGACUGCGCUGGACCACCCAUUUCAUGUUGCACUUGUCUGAAUCCCAUUCGCCGUCUAUUCAACUUUCCCGCGUACGUGGCGUGCUCAUCAGUGGCCAUCAAGGGGGUUUUCAGAUCCGAGCAUUGCUAUUAGUGGGGUACAGUGCAGCGUAGGAUUUGGAAUAGAUAUGAGAACUCAAUAUUGGAUCGCCGGCGUGCGUUGGGGAAAACCCGGUACCUGGGUCGUAGGCUACCAGUCUGGGGCAAUAACAUCGCG